AGACCUUCAGGAGCCUUUGCUUUCAGAGUCCUUCUGGCUCAGCUUGGGACAGAGCCCCACGAGCGGGAUACCUGUGGUCGUGGAUUUAAAGCUCAGUAAUGGGAAAACUUGAAAAUGCUUCCUGGAUCCACGAUCCUCUCAUGAAGUACUUAAACAGCACAGAGGAGUACUUGGCCCAUCUGUGUGGACCCAAACGCAGUGACCUAUCCCUUCCGGUGUCUGUGGCCUAUGCGCUGAUCUUCGUGGUGGGGGUGAUGGGAAAUCUUCUGGUAUGCCUGGUGAUUGUCCGACAUCAGACUUUGAAAACACCCACCAACUACUAUCUCUUCAGUUUGGCCGUCUCAGACCUGCUGGUCCUGCUCUUGGGGAUGCCUCUGGAGGUCUACGAGAUGUGGCACAAUUAUCCCUUCCUGUUUGGACCAGUGGGAUGCUACUUCAAGACAGCCCUCUUCGAGACUGUGUGUUUUGCCUCCAUUCUCAGUGUCACCACGGUUAGCAUAGAGCGCUAUGUAGCCAUCGUCCACCCGUUCCGAGCCAAGUUGGAAAGCACGCGGCGACGGGCCCUCAGGAUCCUCAGCCUAGUCUGGAGCUUUUCUGUGGUCUUUUCUUUGCCCAACACCAGCAUCCAUGGCAUCAAGUUCCAGCACUUUCCCAACGGGUCCUCCGUGCCUGGCUCUGCCACCUGCACAGUCACCAAGCCAAUGUGGGUGUAUAACUUCAUCAUCCAAGCAACCUCCUUCCUCUUCUACAUCCUCCCGAUGACCCUCAUCAGCGUCCUCUACUAUCUCAUGGGGCUCAGGCUAAAGAGAGAUGAAUCCCUUGAGGCAGACAAAGUGACUGUGAAUAUUCACAGACCUUCCAGAAAAUCAGUCACCAAGAUGCUGUUUGUCUUGGUCCUCGUGUUUGCUAUUUGCUGGACCCCCUUCCAUGUGGACCGGCUCUUCUUCAGCUUCGUGAACGAGUGGACUGAGUCUCUGGCUGCUGUGUUCAACCUCAUCCACGUGGUAUCAGGUGUCUUCUUCUAUCUGAGCUCCGCGGUCAACCCCAUUAUCUAUAACCUCCUGUCACGGCGCUUUCGGGCGGCCUUUCGGAAUGUCGUCUCUCCUUCCUGCAAAUGGUGUCAUUCCCAGCAUCGCCCACAGGGACCCCCAGUCCAGAAGAUCAUUUUCUUGACAGAAUGCCACCUUGUGGAGCUGACAGAGGAUGUAGGCCCCCAGUUCCCUUGUCAGUCAUCCAUCCACAACACUCACCUUACCACUACACCCUGUGCUGGAGAGGUACCAUGAAAGGAGGGGUCAGAAGGCCACUUCAGAAGGCCUGGAUUCUGUGAUUGACAUCCUUCUAUGUGCCAGCACUUCAAGGAGGGACACACUGUCACCUCUGCCUCCUUGCGUGCCGUUAGAGAGGUAGCAAGGCUCUUAAAUUCCAUGUACUCAUUACUUUUUUUAAUGCUUAAACUCAGACUUCAUUCCGGGUCACACUGCAGACUUUACACUCCAUCUUUCUGUAUUUUGAGUUUUCAUAAAUGUGAUUGUAAUGUGUCAUGGGAGUCUCACUUAAAGAUGCUCUCAUGAUGGGUGGGUUUAGUCUACUAAAGGCACUGUAAAGUAGCUAAACAGCACAACACAAUUAUCCCAACAUCCAAACCCAGGAUGCAGGAGAAACUACUGGGUGGUACUCUGGUGAGCUGGCUCAGAACUGCUCACCAAAGCCUAACCCUCCAAUAGUUAGGACUUUUGCAAGUUUGUUGUCAAAUGAGCGAUGGCUUGAAAUCAAUCCUAGUAGAAAUAUUUAUGCUACAGAAAUUAACAGCUCUCUAAAUCAGGGCUAAAUAAUUUUUAUCCCCUAGAGAUCUGGCCCAUGAGCAGGUUGAGAGAUAUUAAUGAGCUGGCACUGAGCCAGCUUGCUGUGGUGCGUGUGACUUGCUUUUAGAACAAAUGCUGGUAAUGCUGUAAUUAUGGACUACUUAGAGUCAUGGUUAACUCUGAAAAAAAAGUCCCAUGGACUAGAUUUAAAAAAAAAAACCUAGAGUUUCUACACAAAAUUAGGCGAAAUACUGCUAAUUAAGCCAAUGGAAGCAGCAUCAGCAUUUUAUAAUUAACCUGGAGUAGAAGGAUUAUUUUUGGAUGCCAUCCAUUAACAUUAAUGCAGAAAACAACAAUGGACCGGGUGUUAUUUUCCCUCACACGUCUGUAUUUGCAGAGCCCACAGGAUGUGUUGUCAAAACAUAUGAUUUUUUCUAUAUUCAUCUCCACUUGGCUGCAGAUUUAUUUUCUUCUUAACAUGUAGAAAUUUGAUGUAGGACUGGAGGGACAGACGACACAGUGAACCAAAGGCACUUGCCACCCUGCCUGAGGAUCUGAAUUCCAUAUCUGGAACUCACAUGGUGGAAGGAGUGAGAAAUGACUUCCCCACGUUGUCCUUUGACAUCUAAGCAUGCACCACGGCAUAUGCACUCCCAAACCCUGACACUCACCACAAUAAGUAAGUUAAUAUAAACAUUAAAGAAAUAUAUCAUAAAUGCAUAGUGUGGAAGCUAACAACUAUACUAUCUUCUAGAAGCCUGGGAAAUCAAAAUCACAGCCUUUCCAGCCUCUCCUUUCCUUUCCCACCCCCAAUGGAUGCCUGAGUGCUUCAUGGUCUCUGCUUCUGAAGCUUCACCUGUGCCACUAUGGUAGCACUUUCAAGGCAAUGUCAGUGUUUGAAAGUUUUGACUAAUUUAUAUAUGGGAUAGAUAUUGUAGAAUAUCCUUAAAUUAUGUACCUGGGUUUCACUGCCAGUGAAAUACAUUCACUGUGCAAAGCAAGAUUAUUAACUUAGAGAGUUAGAAAGUUGGACAAGUCUGGCAAAGAAAGCCAAAGUCCAGGACUAAGAGAGGCAAAGCUGGAGAGAUAAGUAGUGUCUCGAUGGGCAAAGACAUUUGUGCAUAGGCUCACUGAUGCGAGUUCCUUGGUUGAAGAAGAGAUCCAACACCUGAAGUUGUUCUCUGACCUCUGUAUAGCAGCUACCAUGGCUUGUGUAGCAGUACCCCCUCACACAUAAUAACAAUAAAAUUAUUGCUUUAAAGACAAGCAAUUACUUUCAAACACAUUCAGUGUCUGCUAUAAAACCACACGGACGCAUAGAUAAAUUCUGUGAGUAAACAGGCAUUUUGAAGAUAUAUCUUAAAAGGUUCCAUAGAAUGCACUUAUUCAUAUAUUUGUACAUUUGACUCUUAUCAACACUUUCUGCUUUGUCUUAUAAAUGCUGAAAAAUUCAGAUCCUGACUUUGACCACCAAUUCCUCAGUAAUAAAACGGAAUAAAGGUUGUCCUGUGC